AUGGAGGCAGUAAGGAGAUGGAGAGCAGGCUGGAGGUAUCCCACUACUCUGCUUUGCAUUUAUGGAUUCUUCAGCACAGUCAAACCCCUGGAGCCUUUCCUCAUCCCGUACUUGACAGGACCAGACAAGAAUCUGACGACUGAACAGGUUGUCAAUCAAAUAUUACCCGUGUGGACUUACUCUUACCUGUCAAUGCUGGUCCCGGUGUUCCUGCUGACUGACUGGCUGCGUUACAAGCCUGUGGUGGUGUUUCAGUGUGUCACCCUCUUCAUCACCACAGGGAUGAUACUCUGGCUGAAAAGUGUACCAGCCCUGCAGGCCAUGGAGUUCUUCUAUGGGGUGGUGACAGCCAGCGAGGUGGCCUACUUCUCUUACAUCUACAGUGUGGUGGAUCUAAAGAGGUACCGGAAGGCCACCUCUUACUGCCGCAGCGUCCAGCUCCUGGGGUACACGGUGGGCUCUGUGCUGGGUCAGCUGCUUGUCAGUUUCAACCUCAUGUCCUACAACAACAUCCUGGUGCUUACUCUAGUUCUCACCGCUAUAGCUCUCGUCACUUCAUGCCUACUGCCAAUGCCCCAGCAGAGCAUGUUCUUCCAUCGCAGAAAGCAGACGGCAACAGAGGAAACAAAGAGGCACGUAGAUGGGACUGGGGAUGCAACAGAACACACAAUCAGAGAUAAAGUUUCCCUGGAAGAUAUUAAAGAUAAAACGGUGGAGAAAGGAGAAACAGAGGAUGAUGCAGGAGAAAAAUGGAAUGAAAAAGGGCCUCAGGCUGAUGACCUUGAGGAGUUGGUCAGAGCAGAGAGCUGCAGCCAAGUCCUCCUCCAGCUGUGGAGAGACUUCCGCCAGUGCUAUUCCUCCAGACAGCUGCUGUACUGGUCAGUGUGGUGGGCGAUGGCCACCUGCGGUUAUAACCAGACUGUCAACUAUGUGCAGAUGCUGUGGGAGGAUGUGCAGCCUUCUCAGAACUUCAGCAUCUACAAUGGAGGUGUGGAGGCAGUGUCCUACCUGUUGAGUGCAGGAACAGCCUAUGGUAUAGGCUUCACUGAGGUGAGAUGGGAGCUGUGGGGAGAGCUGGCCCUAGGUGGUUUCUCUGGACUCGGGGCAACAGCACUAUUCCUCAUGACUUUCAUCGGCAACAUCUGGGUCUGCUACGUUAGUUACGUCAUUUUCAAGUGCCUGUACAUGCUGCUGAUAACAAUAGCCAUGUACCAGAUUGCAGCUGACCUGUCAAUGGAAAGAUAUGCUCUUGUGUUUGGAGCAAACAACUUUGGAGCACUGGCUCUACAGACGAUCCUCACUUCCAUUGUGGUUGACAGUAGAGGGCUGGGCCUGAGCAUCAUUCCUCAGUUCACCAUCUAUGCCAGUUACCACUUAAUCAUCGCUGUUGUUUUUUCACUUCGGGGACUGUUUACUAUUUGGAAAGCAGAGAAGAGAAGCAGCAAAGAGUCCGACCCUCCAGGAAAAAAUGAACCUCGAGAUUCUGAUGAACACAGACUCUGAAUUCAAAGACUUUGCCACCAUCAGCUAAGAUAAUCACUUGUGCUUUUGGUCCUCACUGUGUCCAAGUGGACAAAUGCCAAUUUAAAAGCAGAAAAGCUUCAAAUUACUGACUGCAACACCAAGAAUAUAAAUCCUUUUUUUUUUUUUAUACAAAACAAAUAUACAAGAUUUUCAUACAUCAAUAUAAAUGAAUGGUUUGGUCAUUUCUUCUGACUUAAAACUCAUUUUAAUAUAUAUACUGUAUAUAUUUACACAUUAACUUAAAAUUCUCUAAUACCCAAUGUAAGUGUUUUCGGCUCAUCAGCCUUCACCUACUUAUGGACUGAGUGUAGUUCACAAGCUUUGUGACCUGGGCCUCUGUCAGCAGGACAGGGGAUGGCAGAGAAACAAGUCCCCUGCCCAUCCCUGAUUCAACAGUCACUCAUCUCUCAUCUCUCGCCAACACAAUAGGCUUUUUUUUCUUUAGUGAGAACAGUUUACCUUAAAAGAAACCUGCACAAAUAAACAGUUUGGUUCUUCACAAAUACAGAAAGUGGCAGUACCCUUUAGCUUUACCAAGCAAAAGUUCUGUCUUAACAAAUCCUGUGUGUUAGAUACAAAUACUGAUAUGCACAAAGCGCUAAUUUCCUAAAAAGAAAACGAAUAUGUACAGAAUUGCAGCAUAAUGAAUGGGAUGUUCUGUACUCAAUAACUUAAGUUUUCAGCCAGUUUGAUUAUACACUGUAGUUCAGCAGAGGCCAGGCCAGUUCACAGGUUAAAUCGAGAGUAGGGGAAAGACCUCUCCCUCUGCACACACCAUCACUUUGUUUUGUAGCCGUAGACAGAGUCAACAUGACCGUCUGUCAUACUGUUCCAUUUGUGACAAACUGCGAUAGAAAAUACAAAUCCUUACAAACAUCGUGUUUAAAGCUACUUGUGAAACAAAACAGUGCAAUAGGUGCAAGCGCGCCAGUUGACCCUGUAUCAGAGCUGAUUGGAUGGAUCGCUAUAAGAAGGGAUUCGUUGAAGAGCCUCCUGCAGGAUAUUGUGCAGAUGGAGCUGCACCC